AUUUUAAUUUGUCAAUUCUUGUCUUGAUACACGAAAACAGGUUUAGAACGCGUUUAAAUUCUGAUCUAACGUUGAGAUAUUAUCAAUCCAGUGCUACCGUUUUGUUAUAAAAUUUAUGAGACAGACAUUUAUGUGACAUUUCAAGGAGACGUUCAUAUUUCAUGGACAUGAUAUGGCGGUAACUGAGCGGGAAAUUUCAAACACAUCUGAGUGGUUGCAGAAUACCAAACACAUCACCGUCGAUGUCGAGUGGCUAGAACCUUGUUUAUCUUGGCUGAAAAGUCGGGGGAAUGAAUACGUGGACUUAAAGAAUGAUGUUUAUGAACAAUGGUUAAUUUCAGAUCUGAGUGAUAGUGGUUUCCCUGUUUUGCCAAACCAAAUUUCAACUAUUUCUAAAACCUUUACACAGGGAAUUAUUAUAUUGCAAAUGAAUUCAAUUGUUGAUAUUGGUGCAUCAGCAUAUAGCCAACUGAAGAAACUUAAGAAUGAAAUUAAUGACGAUGCAAGUGUUGAUGAGGAGAGAACUCAGGCAUGGCAGCCAAAACCAUGUAGAAUGUUGAAAUUAGAACUGACAGAUGGAAGGCAAACAAUUGGAGGAAUGGAAUAUCAACCAAUGAGAAAAUUAAGUACCAAUUUAAAGCCAGGAACAAAGAUAUUGAUUAAAGAAAAUACAUUAUGUAGAUCUGGAAUGCUGUUUUUGACUGAUGAUAAUGUUGAGAUUUUAGGAGGAAAUGUUCCACAUAUGGUGGAAGAAAAUUCACAAAUGAAUAUUUUACAACAUCUUGUCAGGAAGGCCAAUGGCGAUGAUGAUGUUGGUCAGCAGACGGAUGAUAACGCAAAUCAUGUAUUACAAAACAAUGAUCAUAGCUCUCAAAUUGAUGAGACAAAUUCACAGAGACUUAGAGACCUCGAAUCUUUGCUUAACGACGAUGACGAUUUCUUGGCUGAAUUAGAUGAUGAUACCAUUAAUGGAGGGAAUUCUAAUGGUCCUAUAAAUCAGCCACGUGCAUCUAGACAACCUGCCAUUAUCGUUAUCGAUGAUAAUAGCUCUCAAACUGGCGAUACAAAUCCAGAAAGAGACCUCGAAUCUUUGCUUAACGACGAUGACGAUUUCUUGGCUGAAUUAGAUGAUGAUAUCAUUAAUGGAGGGAAUUCUAAUGUUCCUAUAAAUCGGCCACGUGCAUCUAGACAACCUGCCACUAUCGAUAAUGAUGAUGUGGUCGCCAAUGAUCAAGAUAUGAUGGAUGACGAAUUAAUAAGAUAUAUUGAAGAAAAUACUGAAGACUUUUGAGA